AGGUACGGGUGGAUUUUUUCUCGAAAUUUUUUCCCUCGAUUUUUUCCGGCGUCCGGUGGUGAAAAACCUGUGAAUUUUCCCCUUUUUGCUUGCAGCCGUGUUACCCGCUCGGGAUCGUUGUGAUUUUGCAGCUCGGAUCUUUGCGAUCUUGCACCGGCAUCUCGUCUUUUGUCGCCAAAGAAGUGAAGAGAAGCGUGAACUACCAAAAUGGGUGUCCAGAUUAUUCCGAUCGCUAACGGUGACCAAACCACCUUCCCGAAGCCGGGUCAAACAGCGGUCGUGCACUACACCGGCACGCUCGAUGAUGGAACCGUGUUCGACUCGUCGCGCAACCGUGGCAAACCGUUCAAGUUUGCCGUCGGCAAGGGCGAGGUGAUCCGCGGCUGGGAUGAAGGAGUCGCCCAGAUGUCGGUCGGACAGCGUGCCAAGCUGGUCUGCUCGCCGGACUACGCCUACGGAAGCCGCGGCCACCCCGGUGUCAUCCCGCCGAACGCCCGGCUGACUUUCGAUGUCGAGCUGCUGCGAGUAGAAUAAGAAGCCGAAGAAGCAGGGUGGGCUGAUGUUGGAUGACGAUAGAUGACUGGACCGAUAACGAUGAUGAAGAUGAGGAUGAUGUCGAACACCCACCACAUACCAACCACCACCACCUCCAGCAUUCGUCUUCGUCCCCACAGCCAUAACUUUAACCAAACUCCAGCGGAGACCGACAGCUUCUAACCAACAACACUACUAACAGCAUCCAUUAUUCAAAGCAAUCGAAUAGCGAGAAAGUAUAGGAGGCGAGCAAAGAAGGCAAGGAAACGUAUGGUACGCGCACUCUAAUCAACGUAGGUUACUUUGGGUGCUUGAGGCUUUCCUCACACCGCGAACUACACACAACAGGUCUUUCAGGUUUAAUAAGGUUUCCUCACUUCCAUCUAAGUAGCAAGUGCACGGUGGCAUCCUCGGAUGCCGAUGGCACGCAAACUUCCAACUCAUCUUUGGUAGCGUUAGAGGUGGUCCCCGUUGCUGUUUCUGCGACAAUCCUUUUGGGGUUUCUCUCGUAACCGUAGCCGGGUUCCAUGAAAUUCCGUUUUCUAAUUCCUAAUCCUACAGAACUGAGAAGCAUGCACAGCAGGAGGCUUUGUGCGUGCAUGGGUGUGUGUGACUGGUCUUUUACAUACAUUGUAAUCCUUAAAUUGCAUUUAAAUGUUAUAUUACCGAAAGAAUAGCGAAUUACAUUGUACAAGUAAGCGAGUGCAGGAAAGAACAGGAGAAGACGAGGGGGAAUUCAUGACAAGCGAUUGCCCGGUUGGGAGGAAACACCAGCGAAUGCGAAUGAGGAUUUGUAGUUCGGAAGGGAAAUGGAAAAGAUCAUCCAGAAUAGCAUUUCUUCUCGUCCGCUAUUCCUAUCCUAUAGCGAACCUUCUCUAGUGUCGGUCAAACAAUGGUGAACCUCUGUAAUGGAACUGAAAUAAAAGAAAAUCUUUAACACUCUAUACCAAAUCAGA